CAAGGGCGGAUUCCGGGAAGCGAGCAAGCAGCCGCGGAGCCGCGAGAAGCCAGCGGCUCGGGGUUCGGCAGCAGCGGCCCCGCCGGCCGGAGCGGGGGGGGUGGGGCGCCGGGCGCGCGGGGAGGGGAGGGGAGUCCCGGUCCUCGGCUCCUCGGCUCGGCGGCGCCUCGACAGCGAACAUGUCUCGGCCUGUCAGAAAUAGGAAGGUCGUUGAUUACUCACAGUUUCAGGAGUCAGAUGAUGCAGAUGAAGAUUAUGGAAGAGAUUCAGGCCCUCCUGCUAAGAAAAUUCGGUCAUCUCCUCGAGAAGCUAAAAAUAAGAGGCGAUCUGGAAAGAAUUCACAAGAAGACAGUGAAGAUUCAGAAGAAAAAGAUGUAAAGACUAAGAAGGAUGAUUCUCACUCAGCAGAUGACAGUGAAGACGAGAAAGAUGAUCAUAAAAAUGUACGCCAGCAACGACAGGCGGCAUCCAAAGCAGCUUCUAAACAGAGAGAGAUGCUCUUGGAAGAUGUUGGCAGUGAGGAAGAGCCAGAAGAAGAUGAUGAGGCACCCUUCCAGGAGAAAGAUUCUGGCAGCGAUGAAGAUUUCCUAAUGGAAGACGAUGAUGAUAGUGAUUAUGGCAGUUCAAAAAAGAAAAACAAAAAGAUGGUUAAGAAGUCCAAACCUGAGAGAAAAGAAAAGAAAAUGCCAAAACCCAGACUAAAGGCUACAGUGACACCAAGUCCUGUGAAAGGCAAAGGAAAAGUGGGUCGUCCCACAGCUUCAAAGGCAUCAAAGGAAAAAACUCCUUCUCCCAAAGAAGAGGAUGAGGAGGCAGAAAGCCCUCCAGAAAAGAAGGCCGCUACAAGCCCUCCACUCGAGAAAUCUGGAGACGAAGGGUCUGAAGAUGAAGCCCCAUCUGGGGAAGAUUAAAAGUGAUGUUUGGGGAGAGAUUUUAUUAAAAAAAACAAAAACAAAAGACAAAAAGGAAACGUAUAUAGGACAUGGUUUGGGCUGUGGCUUGACUCAUGGGCUUUCAGCGCUAUUUCAUUUGUCUAAAAUAAUAAUGUUUCUGUCUAUCUCGAUUUCUCACUCUCAGAACCAUUGUAUGUUGAAAGGGUUAGGUUGCCAUUUUGCCAAUGGUCUUAUUUCUUUGCCAAUCCCUCCUUCCCCCUCUCCUGAUGAAAGCCAUGUCAAUUAAUCACUGGGUUGACUGCUUGGUCUUCGCAUUUUUAAUGGAAGUUAGGAAUCCCACGGCUGUAAAGCAAUAAGAUUUGAGAUGGACACUAUGGAACCGCUUUUUGCUAAAGAACAGCAACUUGAACAGUAAUCAAAAAAACUAGAAAAGUUCUAGUUAAAAAUUAUUGUUCUUUCUUUUCCUGUACUUUUGACAGACCAGUUGUCAUUUAACAUGAGUUUGUAUGUCUAAAAUGUCAAUGUCAAAAAGAAUCAUGAGUCUAAACUGAACACUGAUGAGGCAGUUGGGAGGUGAGCAUGAAUUCUGGGUUGUUAACUCAGUACUCACAUUAUCCCCUGGGUGUGAAGGGAAUGGGCUUCCUGGAGCUUAUCUGGAAAUGUGGGUGUUCUUAUUUUAUAUUUGUUAUUCUCAAAGAUGCUUGGAGCCAGUGGUCCUUUUGUCUCAAUAAGUUUUUCUAAAAAACGGGCCACCAGAACCCAGAAUCAUUUUUAAUUUCAUGUUUCAUUCAUGUUUUCAUUAAUUCAUGUUUUUUAAAAAAAAAAAAUAUAUAAAUCCUGUUUUUUGGAUCGUUUUACCAAUGAUCAAGACCUUACAAAGAGAUUCCCUAGAACUCUGAUGACAAGAUGAGUGUGCACCUCACGGUGCAUUUCUUUACAGACUGAUGAUGUUAAAAGUUUUAAGCAAAUAAAGUUUGAGUUAAUGUGAAGCUCAGAUACAAAGGAUUGAGAUUUAUCCUUUAUAAAUACAUAUAAUUGAAGUUCUUCUAUGCUAUAAAUGUGUUUCAAGGGCCCAUGAACCAUACCAGUUUUAUUUGGGGGUAAAAACAAUUUCCUUUUGAUAUUUAAACUUUCUCUUCAUAGUAGCAUGCUAUGAUACACAUCUCACAAGUUCUUCUGUUACUACAGAAUCUUGCAGUUCUACCAUGGAAUACUACUAUUGUCACUCACUGACAGCAUGGGAGUGUGUUAAAUGCUGCUUCCGUGCUGCUUGCUUUGCUUCUUAGUUGUUCUGAUCCCUUUCUUUCUGUUUAUGUUCCUUAAAGCAAGAGCCUGAGCCUCAACAGGAUGAGUGAACUGUAUUUUAGGGUGCCUGCGUGCCAUUGGUAACAGUCUGGACACCUUAGCAGAGCAUUGGGAAAUAACUAUAGGUUUGAUUCAUACCCCAUGCGCCAAUAGAAGCAAAGUUUAGGAGUCCUAUUAUGCUACUAAAUUAAGAUUUAGUGGAAUUAAUUUCUGUAUAUUUUUCUGCACUUAAGCUAAAUUUGCUCCCUCAGUAUUCUGCUUUUGUGUUUUUUUUUUUUUAAGUGACAUGUUUGUUUCAGAUGAUGUCAUUUUCUUAUAGGAAUUCAUAGGACAAAGGGUUAUUUAAGAAAUAUUUUUACUCGGGGUUUUUAAGACACUUUAAAGAACAUUCUUAGAUCUGCUUUAAAAUAAAAUAAAGUAAAUAAAACACCUAGUAGCAGAGAGUCAUUUCAACCCUGCACUGUUAAUAAAUUAGUGUUAAAUAUGGCCAAAAAUAGAAACUUGAACAUAUAAGUGGUUGGAUUAUUGUAUUAUGUAAUGAAAUCUAUAGUUGUGAACUGUGUAGUGGGGUAUUACAGAUUAUCUGUUUGCUUUAGUGGGCUUGCUCAGGUACCCAUCCUUAAGCAAAGAGACUCACCCUUGUUUCCACCAGGCAUCUCUCCCUUUUAGGGUUUACAACUCAGUCUUACAUUCCUAGUGACAUUUGGGCUUUCUUAGGUAUGUGUCAUGAACAUUUGUGCAUAGGGUCUCUUUCAACUUUAGCCUCAAUUUUUUUAAAGUCUCUUUAAUAUAUUAAUCUGCACUAACAUCUCUGAUUUUAUCUAGCUACAGUUGAGAAAUAUUACUGUCUUGUAGGUUGCUUGUGUCUGGGUGGGCUUCUUGUUUAGAGGCCCUUUUAAAACUGACUCAUUAGAUUGAGAAGUCUAUUUUCUAAUUACAGACUGCUUAGGUUGAUGGGUGUCUCAAGUGAGCACUUAGGCUCCAAAUGACCUUUAUUUUCAAUUCCCCCCCCCCUCAGUUGUUUAUAACACUGGUCUUCCUUCAAAUCAUGCAUGCAAAUAGGAAGACAUUUAAUGUGACUCAACUGGAAACAGGUGCUUAGCAAUUAGGUCACAGCUGUAAGCUCAUAGUGACUGGCCCUUGGCACCUCCGUGGCUUACUGUCCGUCCUCUUAUAUAUUUCUUUUCUUCCUGUGUGCCUACAGUAAGGUGGCAACGCAUUCACUGUCUUACUUUGCAGUGCUCAGGAAAUGGGGUGUUGGUUGGAAGGGGCUUGUCUGUUCUCUCAUCUCUGCUAGGGUUACCUCUGACAGUGAGUGCUGCAGCUCUCUGCUGCCUAACACUACAUUCUAGUUCUUGAGACUCUUAAAGCCUCUCUCUCCCCCAGCCAGAAGUGGUACCCUCUGUCUCACCCAGUGGUAACUUACUGCUGCUUUUAACCCUCCACCCCAGAUGGGAUUAGGAGAGGAAACCCAAAGGAAAUGUUUGAAAUACCUCCCACUCAGAAUUAACCUUACAAAGAAAAACUAAUGGUAGGAUGUUUCUUCUAGAGUGUUAAGAAAAUCCCCCCACAAAAGCCUUUUCUUUAAAAACACAGCAUUUUGUGUACCCAGGGCUGCCUCAUUUAAACUGCUUAGUUUUUUUGUUUUGUUUUUUGUUUAUUUUCAAAACAACUUUUAUUUCAUUCUUAAAUACUUCUAUUUGGUAUUAGUUCAAAUAACAUUUUCUUCCAGAUAAAUCAGUGUAAUUUGAGGUAACAGUUGAGUAAGAUUUUUGAUGAAUAGUCAUCUGAACCUUUUUUUUAAACAUGGUUUCACUAUGUACCCUGGCUGGGAGCCCUCCUUCCUUCUCCACCCUUAACACUGCUGGGAAUUACACCACCAUGACAGGUGACACUGUCUGAAGAUAGGUCUUCUAUUUUUAUGACCAUGGACAUGCAGGUGACAAGUGGACUUUUGGCCUACAGGUUGGAGAGGGGAGUAGUGUAAGGAAACUCAGGGUUAGGGGCUGCUGUAAGAGCAGAAUUCGGAAGCAAAAGAAAGCCUUUUUGCUGUUGUGGAAUGAGUGCCUGUCAGAACAGCUCUCACCUGUAGCACUAGAAGCUACACCAAAUGUUCCUUCCUGGGGUGGGUAAGAAGAAAUCCAAGGUAGGCUCUUCACGUAUGUAGAUGGAGGUCAAAGCAAGCAGUGCUGGCUUCCUGCCAAAGAGGGAGAGUUAAAGCCACUGGUUGCUCUUGAGGGUGAAGUAGUGUCAUUUCUCUCUAGGGGAAGCUGCUGAGUUACUUGAAGAUGAGUUUAUUGGUUUUUGGUUCUUUUUUUUUUAGUAUUGGGAUGUCAAGCUGUCAAUUAGCCAUGUUCCUAUUUCAACCUCAUUUUCUCAUUGUCUUUAGAAAACAAAAUACGUGAUUCUGAAUAUCAAAUCCAUGAAUUGUAGUUUUGUUUAAAGCCUAAUUCACAGUGGUGCUGAUUGUAAUAACCACUAUUGGGCUGGUGGUGUCCCAUAUGCCUGUUUGUUGCCAUGCCAACGAGUAACGGAAGCAGUAACAUCUCUUUGAGCAUGCUCUAUAUGGCUGUAGAGCAUCACAGUUGUGCAGACACUUUGUAUAUCGGGUGAGGGAGGGUUUUCUAGAUUUGGGGGGAGGGUAAAUUGGGAUUUUUUUCUUCCUUCCUUGGUGAGUUGGGGAAUAUUGUAUUCAGUCAUGCCCUAAAAAUAACAUAUAUAAAAUCCUGAAGAGUGUGGGUAUGUGUGAGUGCGUGUUUUUAAACGUCUGGCAAUUAAAACUUUGUCUUCUGGAAGUUGGUGAAUUUUUUUCCUUUUGUGGAAGUAUUUGUUACAAGAUUUGUAAAUAAGAGCUCUACAUAGUUUACCAUAAACAUGUUGCAGCAAACCUUACAUGCUUAAUUCCUGCGAGGCAUGACUUGCCGGGUUACGGCAGUAGCCGCAAUCUCAGUAAUUGUUUGCCUUGAUUCAUCUUUUAGUCUUCAUUUGCCAGUUCUAACAGCUCCCAGUCUUCCUCAGUCUUAGUCCUUAAUCUUUCAUAUUCUGAGCAGGGAAGGUCAGAGAGCGAGCCUAACUGUAUCUUAGGCUAUGGGCUGGUAUCCAGGCACCCUUUUUCUCAUAUCGCAGUGUGGCUAGAACCAUGAUUGGACACCAGAGAGGGUUGGGCAUUCUUGCAAUACCUUAGCAGUGCUGAAAUAGACAGCAUGGUACUAAGGAAGUUAAAAGUUUGAAUGUAACCACUUAUUUAAAGUUUAUUUUUUCUUUAAUUUAAAUGAAACCAAGUUAAAGUGAACAUGAUUUUGUUGACCAUGUUUGUGAAUUAUAGAUGCAACAUGCAUUGGUAGAAUCGUGUGGUGGUCUAGUGUGAUACUUCACGUGACUUUCAAUAUCCCAGUUGUAUGGAACUACAUAAACAAAAGAAACUCCUGCUUUGCUCUGAUUGGAGGAUUUCCAGGACUGCUGUCUUCUGAACUUUGUUUUAAGUAUGUGUAUCCUUUGCUUGUAUUUUGUAUUAAAAAAAAAAAAAAAAGUAAGGAAAAGAACCCCUUAUUAUUGAGCAUGUUGGCGUUGCCCCUUUAUUUUUAUUUUAUUUUUUUCCUCUCUUUGGGGACAUACGAAGCAAGUUACUCUUUUCUGUAUCUUUUUCUUUUCUUUUGUAAACCUUUUGGUUUGUUUUGUUUUAAAAUGGCUUUAUAAAAGGGCUUUUGUAACCCA